AUGCAUCUAGUCAAGUUCUUCCUGGCUACUUGCCUUUCUCAGGCAUGGAAUGUCUCCGCUCGGCCACGCCCCCAGGCCGAAGAGGCAUGCACCCCUCAUGAUGACCAUUGGCAUUGUCCUCCUGGUGUACAGCCACCCACCACGCCUCCCGGUCAACCUGAUCCUACGAGCACGGCGCAACCUCAGCCAACCAUCACCGCCCCCCCAGCAACAACUUGCUUAACCUUCCUUCGGUACAUGAACCCAAAGUACUCAACCUCGGGUGCAGUCUUCUCUGGUUACUCUGUUCUCUGGUAUUCCUCAGAGGGCACGUACACUCGAAGCACUGGUGUCAUCACCGUUACCAACACCUUGUUCUACGAUUCCAACGCUUUGUCAUCUGAGGGUUACGACAUCACCACCAAGACAUCCACCCGGACGACCUGUGUGACUCAAACCACCGAUGGCCCAUCAGCAACCUGUUCCCCACAUGGAGAUCACUGGCAUUGUCCCCCAGGUGUUGAAGAACCCACGACGCCUCCUCCACAGGAGACAACGACAUCUCCCCCAACAGAACCCACGGGAACCUGCUCCCCACAUGGCGACCAUUGGCACUGCCCCCCUGGGGUCGAGGAGCCUACGACGCCUCCUGCUCAAGAACCUACCGGAACUUGCUCUCCUCAUGGUGAUCACUGGCAUUGUCCUCCUGGAGUUGAACAACCAACAACACCUCCGCCUCAAGAGACUACAACUACUCCAAAGGAACCCACGGGAACUUGUUCCCCCCAUGGAGAUCACUGGCACUGCCCUCCGGGAGUUGAAGAGCCCACUACGCCACCCUCGCAGGAAACCACAACUACUCCGAAAGAACCCACCGGGACCUGCUCUCCUCAUGGCGAUCACUGGCAUUGUCCUCCUGGCGUUGAAGAGCCCACAACACCUCCCCCAAUCAUCACGUCCAAGUCGACUUUGACCACAGGCAAGGAUGAGCCUACGGGAACUUGUUCCCCCCACGGAGAUCACUGGCAUUGCCCCCCUGGAGUUGAGGAACCUACGACUCCUCCUCCUAUCAUCACUUCCAAGACAACGGUGACUACGGGUAAGGAUGAGCCCACAGGAACUUGCUCUCCUCACGGCGACCACUGGCACUGUCCUCCUGGCGUUGAAGAGCCCACGACACCUCCCCCAGUCAUUACAUCCAAGACAACCAAGACCACACCCAAGGAUGAGCCCACUGGUACA